AUGUCCCAACACCGCGCAAAGAAAACCGCGGAGGCAAAAGAUAAAUCAGCCUUCUUUGCAGCCAGAAUGCCACAGCACAAACCCGCUGACCAUCAGACCCAAGAUGGUGCCGACCCAGAUUAUGAUGCGGACUGCGUCUGCAUAGCGGGUAAACAAGAGGAUGUCCCUUUAACACAGAGGUUCCUGCAAACCAUGCUGGAUGCAGCGGUUCCCAAAAUGCAAACCACCGUUACAGAGGCUAUUAAUGACAUGAGAAAAUACCUCACUGACCUGGAUGCAUGUGCCUCCCACCUCGAGGACAAUAUGGAAAACCUCACUACGGCACAUAAUGCGACAGAAGUACGCCUCAGCAAAAUUGAAGAACAACUUUACAUCCACGAGACUAAAAUUGAAGACAGAAGAUAG